AUGAAGAAACAAGUCGUGUAUGGCAAGAGGCCUGCUCGUCGUACGAUCGAGCCAGUCCUCGCAUCCCCUUUCAAGCCUGCAAGAACCGACGUAAAGCAGCUCCUCAAUGUGUCUCACCUCGACGAGCCAGGCUCGGACUUCACGAGCUCGAAUGAGUUCAACAGCGAGCGAGAGAACGUGAUCUCACCCGUCGCACAUCUAGGAAGGCGUACAAGGCCCCAAAGCAGCGUUCAUAACAGCGUCACAGCUACUGAAGCCCCAAAACAAGUCAAGCGGCCGCGCAAACCUCGUGCGUCUGCGCCCGGCUGCAUCUCGCCUGUCAAGACGAACCUCACGAUCGAUCCUCUUCCUCGUAUGCAUGCUUCUAAAACGUGUUCACCACCAGAAUCACAGCAAAAGCCGCGCAAAGCAAAGCGGAGGCGACUAGAUGCUGAUCAAGAUAUGCUUGCCGCCGAAUCCGCAGCACUACUAGCCAGCUCUGCAGCGUUCCAAGAUACUGUCACUUCUCCUAAACUGCUGAAUCGUGCUCGACCAGGUCGGCUGCGAACAAUGGCGCGCACCGUCUCGGCGCCGCAGUUGACCUUGUCUGCUGCUUCAUCAGGUAGUCGGCCAGCGCGGUCAUUCCAGCGCACGCAAUCAAUUGCCACAGUAGCAUCAGAUGUCACUCUCGUCGCGGAAGCAUAUGACGAGGUAGCAGAGCGUGUCGAGCGAAAACGCAAGAACGGACAGGUACUCGACUUGCCUGCGACAGCAGCAAGCUCAAGCCAGACUCUGUUGCCCGACACCAGUCAGGCGAGCCGACCGGAUACAGGCCAGUCAAUGCCCUCCGAAUCGUGGAAUCUGAACAGAUUUGACGACAUCGUUUGGGUCGCUCUGUGCGCUCGCUCGAAGGAAAGCACGACUCAAACGUUCUGGUGGCCUGCAGAGUUCGUCAACCCAGUCAGAUCGGCAAGGCCUUUGCGCCUGCGGUUGAUUCACUUGCAAGCAGAGCCUGAUCUUCGUCUACCAUCGCUGGUGACGAUAGCAGAGCCAUCAAGCUCGAAUGUGCGUUCCUUCCGCACGCCGUUCGGUCCGCGCUUCUCCACUAGCACGUAUGUCGACAAAGUCUCAAAUACCGUCUGUGCGCUACAAGAGGCAACGAGAUUACCAUCUGAGCUCGCUUUCGCCCAGGCACUCAGUGCGGCACUUGACAGAGAUUCCGUUCUAAACGACGACUUGCCGGAUCCCGACUUUGCCCUAACGCAGGCAGCGGCUGCGCCCCGAUCGCCAAGGCGGUCAUCAUUGCCUCCUACAGCGCGUCUCGGCUCGAACAAUGAUCUUCCUGAUGCAGAGCAGGAGCCCCGUCUGAUAUUGAAACAUGAUCGAGGACCGGAUGACGAGCUAAGAAUACCGGGGGAGGCGGUAUACUGUCGAUGGAACAAGCACGUGUCCACGUGCUGGCCUGCUCGGGUUAUAAGCUAUCACCCUGCACCUAGCCAAUUGCUGCAAGUCGAACAACCCACACCUCAAGGUACCUAUGCGCUUCAGAGCCUCGACGGCAAAGUCGCUCGGUUUCGUAGAGAUCAGUUCUACACAAUUUAUGACGAUGGCUUCUUGACCUGCGAAGUCGGGCAAUACAGGCCCGAAUUGCAGCCUAUCGAUUGGCGGGAGGAAAUCGCCCAUUUCGCAGCUCAGCUCCGAGAUAUUGUCCGCGGCGCUUAUGCACCAACAAGACCAGAUCACGAUCGCUUUCUUAAUUUGGGUCACGUUGCGCGCCAACGGAUGGCAGAAGACCAACCGACUGGCAAGUAUGCGCCCAAGCAGAUCGAUCAGAUGAGACUGGAAUUGCGCAAGUGGCUCUCAGACGGAUCUGUCGAUCCGACUUUCGGAUGCGAGAGAUUUCGUUCACUCAAUGAAGGUGAACGCGACGACUACAUCGACGCUGUCUUCCGACCAGCCUUUGUGCGCAUACUGCUCAUUGAGACGGACAAGCUUGAAGAGAGAGCCAGAGAGGAAUUAGGAAACAAUGCAAGCUUAGACGAAAUCAGGAUAGCAGCACACGAGCAAGCGCGUGCCCAACUGGAAGACGACUUCUGGUCUGACGAGCUCAUGUCGACUCGCGAGCAGCUUCUCAUGAUGCGCCACACGAUUCGAGCACAUUGA